AUGUCUCGACCCGUCUCGAUGCACCAAGACCUCUCACGAGCUGUUUACGUGCACCAAGACUUCUAUCCCGUCACUACCAAGGAGCACAGUCGCAAGACGACGCACCCUUGCGGAGCCACUGGUAUCUCGGCCUGCGAGGUCCUCGUACCCAAGAACCUGCUGAUCCAAUAUUCCAGCGCCUAUUCCAAGACUCCAGGUUCAAGUUUGAGCUUGCCGCGCGUCCGAGACGAGAAGUGGGAAUCAAGCGGAUGCGAGAGAGGGGAAUUGGCUUCUCCGACCUUGUCAUAG